CCUCCUCGCGCGCCCCCAGCCCGCUGGGGUAGUCCAGGCGGGGCAGUGCGGGCUGCCUCGGUCUCAGCUGAAGAGCGGAGCGGCGCUUCCGCAGCGGCUGCUCUCGUUCGACUAUAACCCACACUCCCCGCUCCAUCCCCCGAGUCCGCAUUCCCCGUGGGGAGGCGGCUCCCUGCGUUCCCACGCGGGUCCUGGGCGAUGGCGGCGAGGGGGUCCGGGCGCGAGGUCCUCAGCCUCGGGCCCCACCUGCUUCAUUUCCUCAACCUUUUUCAGCUGGUGGCCGGGCGCUGGGGCCCAGCGAGCGCGGGGGGCGGCGUGCCCAGAGGAUUAACUGAACCGUCCUUUGUGGCAAAACACGAAGAUAGUUUGUUUAAGGAUUUAUUUCAAGACUACGAAAGAUGGGUUCGUCCUGUGGAACACCUGAAUGACAAAAUAAAAAUAAAAUUUGGCCUUGCAAUAUCUCAAUUAGUGGAUGUGGAUGAGAAAAAUCAGUUGAUGACCACCAAUGUCUGGUUGAAACAGGAAUGGAUAGAUGUAAAAUUAAAGUGGAACCCGGAUGACUACGGUGGCAUAAAAGUUAUACGUGUCCCUUCAGACUCUCUCUGGACCCCAGACAUCGUUUUGUUUGAUAAUGCAGAUGGACGUUUCGAAGGGGCCAGUACCAAAACCGUCGUCAGGUACGACGGCACUGUUACCUGGAUGCCACCGGCAAACUACAAAAGUUCCUGCACCAUCGAUGUCACAUUUUUCCCAUUUGACCUCCAAAACUGUUCCAUGAAAUUCGGUUCUUGGACUUACGAUGGAUCCCAGGUUGAUAUCAUUUUGGAAGACCAAGAUGUGGACAAGAGAGAUUUUUUCGAUAACGGAGAAUGGGAAAUUGUGAGCGCGACGGGAAGCAAAGGAAACAGAACCGACAGCUGUUGCUGGUACCCUUACAUCACUUACUCAUUUGUCAUUAAGCGCCUGCCCCUCUUUUACACCUUGUUCCUUAUUAUACCCUGUAUUGGGCUCUCGUUUUUAACCGUACUUGUCUUCUAUCUUCCUUCAAAUGAAGGUGAAAAGAUUUGUCUCUGCACUUCCGUACUUGUCUCUCUGACCGUCUUCCUCCUUGUAAUUGAAGAGAUCAUACCCUCGUCUUCCAAAGUCAUCCCGCUGAUUGGAGAGUACCUGGUGUUUACCAUGAUCUUUGUGACACUGUCCAUCAUGGUCACUGUCUUUGCCAUCAACAUCCAUCACCGUUCCUCUGCAACCCACAACGCCAUGGCUCCAUGGGUCCGCAAGAUAUUUCUUCACAAGCUUCCCAAGCUGCUUUGCAUGCAGAGCCACGUAGACAGGUACUUCGGUCAGAAGGAGGAAACAGAGAGCAGCAGUGGACCGCGAUCUUCUAGAGACACCCUGGAGGCGGCGCUUGAUUCUAUUCGCUAUAUCACGAGACACGUCAUGAAGGAGAAUGAUGUCCGUGAGGUUGUUGAAGAUUGGAAAUUCAUAGCCCAAGUUCUUGAUCGGAUGUUUCUGUGGACUUUCCUCCUGGUUUCAAUUGUUGGAUCUCUUGGGCUUUUUGUUCCUGUUAUUUAUAAAUGGGCAAAUAUAGUAGUACCAAUUCAUAUUGGAAAUGCAAAUAAGUGAUACUUCCCAAAAAACAGUAGCAGGAAUUUAGUUAAAAGGCACAUAUCUAUUAUGACCCUAUAAAAAUUCUGAAAAUGCAAAUUAGGUUUAAAUCUGGUGCAAGCCCUAAUAGAUGACAGAGUUACCAACAUUGCUUCAUCUUAAUAGAUUGCCCAUUAGAACACUUAGCUGCAUGACUGAAGUAUGAUACUAACAUUUGAUUUUAUAAAAAUAGCAAAAUGUUAUCUAAACUGUACUAGUAAAAAAUGUUUGUAUCCUGGCAAAUAAUUCUACUUUGUAAUCAACAGUGAAGUUCAUCUUUUGACUGAGCUGGAAAAUUCCGGUUGUAUUUGAAGACUGAUUCCAAAACUUUCUGCAUUUGGUAAAGGUACACAUUUAAAAAUUCUCUUGCCCUGUGUUUAUUGGGUAACAGCUAAUAUUUAGUAUAAUAUUAUACUGCUAUAUUAAAUAGGCUGACUGCUUGGUAUCAUAAUGACUGAAUAUGAUAUUUCUUUUCUAUAACUAAUAUUUUUUAAAAAUGAAAAAUGGGGACUGCGAACUCCUUUAAGGCUUAUUUUAUUUUUUAGAUGCUUAAACUGAACAAUUAUUGUAUUAACUAUUUUUACAGCUUACCUUCCAUUGUGAAAUCAACAACUCAUGUGGACAUGCAGUAACAUAUCAUUAAUUUCAAUCCUCUUGUUCACAUUUUCCACAAUUACUAGAACCACCUUCUAUAUAAAUUGUGGUAGCAUUUUUUUAUCCUUGAUCUUAGAAGUAUCUACUACAAUUAAGUGAAACCCAUUUUAACAAUCUGUCUGUGGACACUACUAAAUUAUUCUGUGAAAAAGCCAUCUUCCAAGAUUCAAGAUUGCAUUCUAAUUAUGUAUAAUUAGGCACCUUGUUACAUACCUAUAAUGUUUCAAUUUUUUCUCUUUCAACAGUUACUGUACAAGAAUCUUACGGCUGCAAGGGCCUUUAGACAUAAUGUAAUCUUAGCCUAUUACAGCUUACUUAGUACAGUGUCAUGUAUCACAGGUAGAGAAGAUAAAAUUUCAUCUCUAAAUGACUCUGACUCAACUAUGACUGGGAAGAAAAUACUGAUAGAAAUCUUGCAUUUGAUUUAGAACUCUGAGCUCUUGAGAGAACAAAUGCCUUAUUUAUUCACAGCAAGUAACUGGUUUAAGUUCAAGUCAACACUCUUUGGAAGGCGUUAGGGGAUCCUGUCUAAUUUGCAUUUUAUUGUAGCUCCGUGUUUAAUGCUGUUUGAUGAGUGAGUCUCCUUGCUUGAUGAGUUUAAAUUGCCUGGUGGCUGUCAUAGCAUG